UCGGGCCCAACGGAGACCCGGACGAGUCAUUACCGGCCUCCAGGCAGGUCCGGGCUCGGAGGCGGGGUUCUUCCUCUGAGGGGCGGGAGGCCGGAAACGAGCACGGGGCGGGUCAAGUUGAGGCUCCACGCGCUCCCGCGCUCGUGCUCCGGCCUCCUGACGGGCCAGGGAGCUCAGCCCUUCUCCUCGGCCUCCCGCCCCUCCCCGCCCCGCCCCGAGGCUGAGGCCCGAGGCUCCCUCCCUCCCGCCCUCGCCCCGGGCCUGACGCCUCUCGAGCGAGCCCCAAAGGGAAAAAAAAGUUCCUUUCACAAGAGCCCAGCCAUUCCCAUAACUGAGACAGAUCUGCUCUUCAGAGCCCUGUGACGGAGUUGGUUCCAUUCAAGACUAUGUCUACAGCCCUUGGCCUGCCACUCCAGUCUCCACUGGAACAGGAAGAGAUCCUUAUUGUGAAGGUGGAAGAAGAUUUCCCUUGGGAAGAAGAGACUCCUUUGCAAAGGAAUGAUCCCAGUCCUGAGACCUUCCGUCAGCUCUUUAGGCUGUUUUGCUAUCAGGAGGUGGCGGGACCCCGGGAGGCUCUCAGCCGACUCUGGGAGCUCUGUUGUCGGUGGCUUAGGCCAGAGAUGCGUACAAAGGAGCAGAUCUUGGAGCUGCUGGUGCUGGAGCAGUUUCUGACAGUAUUGCCAGGGGAAAUCCAGGCCUGGGUACGGGAACAGCAUCCAGAGAGUGGUGAGGAGGCAGUGGUCCUGGUCGAGGGUUUGCAGAGAGAGCCCAGGAAACAGAGGCAACGGGAGGUACUCUCAGAAGAGACGGUGCCCCAGAGAACAGCGCAGGAAUCUUUGCUGUUCCAGGGAGCAGUGCAACAUGAGGAAAGGUCCCAAGAGGAGGGAGCACGGACCUGCCUUGGACCUAAGGAGCAGCUGAACUGUAGAUCCAGAAAGAAUGCCCAACUGUGGCCAAAGAGAGGUUCACCUGCCUCCCGGGUUUCUGCUCUUUUCAGGGAGGAGAGCACUAGAGAUCAAGAAACAGCAACUGCAUUAAUCUCUGCCUGGUCCCAGAUGCCAGUAACAUUUGAAGACAUGGCUAUGUACCUGUACCAGGAGGAUCCAGUUCAAAGAGAACACUACAGGGAUGUCCUGCAGGAGAAUGAUGGGCUUCCUGUUCCCAAACCAAAUCUAAUUCCUCAACUGGAUCGAAGGGAAGGACUAUGGAAUUCAAAUCUACAAGCUUUCAAGGAGAGGGAUAUUCCAAGAGAUAAUCACACAGGAUGUAAGAUCAAGACUGAGAAUAAAGAAGAUUCCAUGGAGGAUUCUGCCAUGAAAAUGGAGUUGUGUAGAACCCUGGCAGGGAAGUCCAGGGGGCAUGGUCUUCAGUCAGCUUGCCAGGGACAGGGUUGUGUGACUCAGCCAGAAUGGCACCGGAGCUGCCCACUAGUAGAGAGAGAGAGCCAAACUCCUGUUCAGGAAAGGGACAGAGGUCUUCAGAGAGCCUGUAUAGUAGAGAAACCCUACAAAUGCCUUGAAUGUGGAAAAAGCUUUAACAAAAGUUCUCAUUUGAUUAAACAUCAGAGAACCCACACAGGAGAAAAGCCCUACAAGUGUCUUGUAUGUGGAAAGGGCUUCAGUGACCGCUCCAAUUUCAGCACCCACCAGAGAAUUCAUACUGGAGAAAAACCCUACAAAUGCAACGAAUGUGGGAAGUGCUUCAGCCAGAGCUCAAGCCUAGUCAUACAUCGAAGAACUCACACUGGAGAGAGACCCUAUAAAUGUGGGGAGUGUGGGAAAACCUUCAAUAACAGCUCUCAUUUUAGUGCACACCGGAGAACCCACACUGGUGAGAAACCCUACAUGUGCCAGAAUUGUGGGAAAAGCUUUCGUCGAGGUACUGACCUUAAUAAACACCAGAGAACCCAUACAGGAGAGAGGCCCUAUAAAUGUGAGGUGUGUGGGAAAAGCUUCACACGGAAACACCAGCUUGUAACACACCAGGAGAUUCACAUAGUGGAGAGUCAUGUUCACUGAUUUGGGUUUCCAGUCAUCUUCCACUUUUCAGAGAUACCAGGAGCCUCUGGUGGUGGAAGGUGGGAAUUUUGACCAAUAUAGAACUCUCUUAUUUGAAGGAUAUAUGUUGUUAGGAUUUUGAACUUUACAACAUUUACAGAACCAGAAACCAUUAACUUAUGGAAUGUUUAGACUUGAACACAUUAUGGGUUAUUAAGUGGCAGCUACUACCAUGGCAUAUCAGUCUGAUUCUGCUACAGAUUCCCAAGAAGUUUUGUGAAGGUGAAAAUAGCAUUUCCAAUUGGGAAAAUGUUGCAGAAAUAUUCCUCAUAUUUCCAUGUAUUGCAUGUCUCAGGCCUCACCACCAUACUGAUCCUUUCUUGCCAACCAUUUUCAAUUCAAUCUAUUGCACUUUUUGCCAUAAGAACAUAUCUCUGCUCUUUUAGUGGAUGUCAUUGAGAAAGUAGGAUUUACUUUAUAGAAAUGUGUUUAGUUGCCAAUCUUGCUAGAACCUAUCUAUUUUGUAGAGGGAUAUUUUUCAAGUGCAGAUAGCUAAGAGUGAUCAUUCUUACAUGCUGGAACAUCACCCACUCCACUUAGCAAGUUCAGAACUUUACUUUUUGAAUUGUUCCUGUUCAAUUUGAGAGCUUGGAGUCAAGGACUUCCAUUCCUAGCUCUGGAUUUAUCCUUGAAUUGUUAGGUUUUUUUAUAGCCUCCUCUGCCUGGGUUUUUCCAAAGUGAAAAAAAAAGAGAUCAGCCUGGAGCUUCUGGUUCAACUCUCAAUCUUAUUUAGGCUCAUAAGGUUUGUCUUCUAGCUGUUUAGUAUCUAUGGUAUGGCGAAUGGCUCAUGAGGAUUAGUAGAGAAUAACUCUUCUGUUAAAUUAAGAGAGCUGGUUUCCCAGUGACAGCUAAUGAGGCUUGGUAGAUUUCAGUCCUUGCCAGGGAGGAACUAGUGCUAGAAGCAGCUAUUCCUCUGUUGGGACCGUAUUGUCACCCAGCCUUAUUAUCCUUUCAAUUUUUCCCAUCACUUAAUCUAUAUGUAUAUUUUCACAUUUGAUAGUCUUACCUUCAUGUGAACCUAGCCUAGGGCCACAGUAAGACUCUAAAGCACAUACAAUUCCUACCCCUUUAAUAAAGGCAAUACUUUUUUUGCU